AUGGAAAGUAUUCGUAAAUUAAUUAAAGAAAAAAUACCACACUCAAUUAUGAUGCGUAUCGUUCAAUCAUCUUUGUCUCUUCCUCCAACCAUUUCUCGUUUUCUUAUCGCUGACUUUACUGCGCCUACUCGGUCUCAAAGACAAUGGAUCAAAAUGAUUCAGCAACCUCAUUGGAAGGGUGCUUGGAUAGGUCCAGCCCUUAGUCUUUGUGAAAAUGAUAAUCAACUAUCAAAGAGAAUUCACGAUGCCGACCUGAUUAUUUUCAAUGUACACGGAGGUGCAUUCAGAAUAGGUCAUUGUACAAUGUAUAUGGAUGUCUUUACAAAUUGGAUACAUCUUUUAAAGGAAAUACACGACAUUGAUGCAUUGAUUUUAUCUAUUGAAUACAGUUUGGCACCUGAACACAUGUAUCCAACCCCAGUCCUUGAAUGUGUUGCAGCAUAUGAAUAUUUAACAUAUACUCUAAAGGUCCCAGGAUCAAAGAUAAUACUUUCAGGUGAUUCUGCGGGCGGAGCACUUUGUUUAGAGACAUUGAUUCGGGUGUAUGCACCCGAGAUAUUAAGAGACUUGAGUAGUCCUCGUACAAAUCAUGCUAUCCAACUCCCAGCUGGUCUCUUUCUCGUAUCACCGUUAGUGUCCGCUAAUAUAUCCACAUGGUUAUGGCAAUACAAGGAAGACCUCGUGACGCCUCUCUUAGCGACCCGUGUCCUAAAGGAAUACCUGAAUUUACCGGAUGCUCAAGAUAAAGAAGAUGAAUUACAUCUCCUAAAGUUAUCACAGAUUGAUUCUGACUUUCAUCGAUUUCUGCCGUCUCAUGUAUUAGUCUAUGUCGGUCAACGAGAGGUCAUGCGUGAUGACAUCUUAAAGAUGGUGAAUGCCAUCCAACAAGACCAUGGUCAUCCAAAGGAUCGUAUCAAAGUUCAAGUGCGACAAGAGAAUUACGAACAUGAUUGGUAUUUUAUUCGUGAAGUCGUCAGA